AUGCAAUAAAAUAGUUAUGGGUUGAAUUUAGGAGUGGUUGGUACAUAAAAUAUUAAUAUGCCUACUUCUUAAGUUUUGAAAUAAAUUGCACAAAAUAAACAAUAGACAUAGUAAAACAAAUAAGUUUAGGAUUAAGAUCUAACAAUAAUUGCAUAAUAGACAGAUCAUCUUAGAAAAAGAAUCUCAAACAUUUUUCAUUUACCAAUUAAGCUUAAAAAAACUUAAAGUAAUUAAUAACUUCUAGUUAGACUUUAUGAUUGAAGAUAUUGGAUUAAAGGUGGAUUACUUAUUCAAAAAAUCUCAUCUAAACUAAAGUAAUGUUGAUUAUCUUAGUGAUCAUAUUAAAAGAUUAGGAGAUAGGAUUAACUAAGAAAUGAAAAAAAAAUAAGAGUAAUAUCAUUCUAGCAUAAAAAUUGAUAAUUUUAGAAAUUUUUCAUCAAUUUAACAAGAGUUCUAAAAAAAUAAAUAAGUAAAAUACUUCUAAUAAACAAAUUAGAUUUAUAAUUCCUUUUAUAAAACAGAAUUAAAGACAAUAAUAAGAUAAAAAGAAAAAUUAAUUGAUAUUCUUACUUCUUCAAAUAGAACUGAAAAAUUAGUUUCACAUGAAAUUUAACUAAAUUAAUAUAAUGAAGUAAUUUUGUAAAAAUUGUUUAUUGAAAACCAUUUAUAUUAAGCCCUGUUAAAUUUUAUAAAAAAUAAGAAUGAUAUAUCAAUAUAUGAGAAACUUUUUAGAACAUUAGAAGUGUUUGAAACAACACAUAAUGUAGAAAUGAGAUUAUUAGCAGAUUAAUUUAAGAAUAUAUCAAAUACAUUAAAUUAAUAACAAAAAUGGUAUAUAAAUUCAAUUAUAAUAUAGUGAAAACAUUAUUCGUAAUACAGUAACAAAUUUAGAAAAUGAUAUGCUUAAAUAAAUUGGUCACUUAGACAUAUAGAAUUUAAAUAGAAAAUUCAAAGAGUUUUAUCUUCCUUAUUUAUAAACUACUGAAUUAUAUUAAAUAGGAUAGUUUUUUCCUAGUGGAAUCCUCUUUUUAUUGAUGCGAUGUGGUAAAGUUAAUGAAGCAUAAAAAAUUCUUUCUGGAUUGAUUUAAAGUGAUUAAAGAAUAGCUUAAUAAUUUUUAAGUUUUUUUGAUUUAUAAAAAUAAGAAAUUCUGAAUCAAAAUGAUGUUGAAGAGAAAUCAAGACAAUAAUGUUGUGAUAUAUUAUUACAAUAAUGUUAUUGGUUAUUAUUAGAUGUUAGUGAUGCUUAUGAUGUAUUUGAAUAAACCUAAUUUUAAAAAGAUAGAGACUUUUAUAUAUGGUUAACAUUAAAAACUACUCAUUGUUCUGAUGAAUUUGUAGUAUAUGAAAGAUCUGAUCAAGAAUCAAAAAAAGCUUUCUUUCAUUGGAAACUUAUAGAUCUUCAUGAAACCAUACCAUAAUCUACAGUAAGUCUUAGAAUCAACAUCAUUUUAUAAAGAUAUGAUUACAUUUUGAGUGAACUAUAUAAAUACUAAAAUCAAUGUCUUUCAUAGGUUGAAUAUUUUAUAUUAGAUACAGUACUUACAGCAUUAAAUAUGAAAAUAUAAAAAAAUGCAAUAGCAGAAGAACAAAAGAAAAAUAUUAUUGAUAAUCUUGUUAAUUACACUUAAAAUAAGCUUCCUCUUGUUUCUUGUUUAAUAAUGAGUGUUAGUACAUACAAUAUUGAAGCUAUUGCUAAUUUAUUAUAAAAAACUAAUCAUGUUACAUAAGUAUUGAUGGAUAAAAAUUUUAGAGAAAAUUUAGAAGUAAUAUUUGGUAAAGAUGAAUUACUAAAUAUUACAAAUGAGAUGGUUCAUUUAUUCUUUGAAAAAAGUUUACAUAAUUCAUUAAAAGAAUUUUAAUAACAAUUAGAAAGAUCAUCUACAAUGAAUUAAAUUAAUGAUUGUUAAACUGUCUUAAUUUUAAAAUUAGAUGAAAUGAGUAUUUAUUUGAAACAAUUACUAAACUAAUAUUCUGAAACCCUUUUAGAAACAGCCAUUUAUUUAUAUCAUGAAACAUAGCUUGUAUAUAUAUUAAGUUGUGUAAUUGUUAAUUAAUACUGUAUUAUUAAAUUAGGAUCAUAAAUUGAAAAAAGACAAUUAUAAGCAAGAAAUUUAGAAAAUUUACAUUCUAGAAUCAAGAGUUGUGCAAAAGAUUCUAGAUAAUAUAAAUAUUUUUAUCGAUUCUAUUUAAUAGAAAUAUUUUAAUAAACUUAAUAAUCAAUGAGAUAAGAUUAAGUUAAUUUAAAUGAAAUUAAUCAAACUUUAUCAAACGUUAAUAUACGAGAAUUAACAAAAAAUUUAAUUGAGAACAAAUAAAUUCAUUUAAUUAAAAUGGUAUUUUGGUAAAUUUUGUAAUUAAUUGACUAAAAAAAAUGCAAUGAAAAAUCUUAUCUUAUGUAAACAAUUAUUUUUAUUUAAUAGUGAAAAAAUAAAAGAAUUGAAUGAAGCAUUGCUAAAAUUCCCAGAAAGUCAAGGUAUUAAGAUUUGCAGGGAAGAUGUUCAAUUUUCAUAAAUUGUUGUUGAUAUUUUGAAUUCUUAUUCAAAAGUGCUAAAGAUGUAUUGA